AUGGCAGACCGGUACGGCGCCUCAUAUCGCAACGGCGACACCAACAACAACGGCUAUGGUUCUUACGGAAGACGGGCCCCACGGCCACCGCCUAUUGAGCAGGAAGAAGAUUACGAUCCCUUUGGCGGCGACGGCUUCGCGGGCGGCGAUCGAUACGGUACUCCCCCUCAGCAGAUGAGCUCGAGACGACCGCCCCCUCGAAACGGCGGAUAUGGCGGUGCAGGCAUCGCCGCCAACAGUUAUGGCAACUCCUCGGCCUCGAGGCUGCAGCGCGCCCAGGAGUCGAGUGCCGAGCGAAGAAUAGCAGAGGUCCUCGAGCGCGUCAAGGAGGACUGGCCAGCGCUCUGCGAACCCGACUGCAUACCUGCCUCGCUGGCCCUCCAGCUCCUCGACAAUAGCUCCGUAGGUAGAGCGCACGAGUACCCGAAUUUUCAAGAAAUGCACCAGUACCUACAGGAUUCCCUCAAGGGUAUUGUACAUGAGCAUCACCAGGGCUUCAACAGUUCCAUCGGUACAUUCCACAAGAUCCAAGGGAGCAUCCAGGCCUCGCAGAAGCGGGUGCGGGCCCUAAAGGACUCGCUCGUCGGGUCGCGGGCUGCGCUCGGCACCUCGGACCCUGAGCUGAAGAAGAUGUACAAGACUUCUCAGACGUAUGAUGAAGUGCUGCAGACGCUUAAUGAGUUGGAAGACUUGAGGCAGGUGCCAGAUCAGCUAGAGGCACGGAUCUCCGAGAAACGAUUCUUGACCGCUGUGGAAGUUCUACAAACUGCGCUACGUAAGCUCAGGAAGCCGGAGCUUGAUGAUAUUGGAGCUCUGAGCGAACUUCGUGGCUACCUUGCCAACCAGGAAACCGCAUUGAUGGACAUUUUGAUUGAGGAGUUGCAUGAACAUCUCUAUCUGAAGUCGCCAUAUUGCCAAGAACGGUGGCAGAGUCUCUCAAAAAAUCAUGGUGCUUUCAGCAGCGGCAAUUACGGAGACCAAGAUGUAAUCACACCGUUUCACUAUGUCCUAGACUCAAUGGAGCUCGAGACACAGCUUGCCGAGGACCCAGCCAAGAACCCGGAAGCAGACACCUUCUGGUACGUUCAAUUGUUGGUAGAGUCCUUGAACAAACUCGGUCGUUUGGAAGGCGCUGUGGAUACAUUAAAACAAAGAUUGCCUGUUGAGCUGUUUUCGGUCGUCAACGAAACGAUCAACGAGGUGGACCAGAGACACCCGAGCUCGCUCCGAGGCGGUGCUUCGAAUGCUGAGGGCUUGCACAUAUAUGGCAGUCGUGAGACCCAGAUGCGGGCAGAUGUUAUUUAUGACUUGCUCUGGACUCUGUACGGCAAGUUCGAGGCAAUUUCUGAAGGGCACCGUGUAUUCCAUGAGACCAUCAAGGCGCUUAUCAAGCGAGAGGGUUCCGGAAACAACAGUUCCUUGCUUGGAAGCUUCAAAGAGCUAUGGAACCUGUACCAGAACGAGAUUCGCUCUCUCCUCCAUAAUUAUGUCACGACCGAUGCAGACGUUUAUCACUUUAACUCGUCACCUAAACUGGGUGGGAAUAUGAACGGCGGCAAGAUUGCGGGAAGAGAUAACUUAUUCAAGUUCUCAGAGGCGGAUCCUAAAUCUAUUGAAAUGACGACCGAGUACGAUGCUUUGGAUGGUAUCAUUCAAGCCGCCGUCCCGGGUCUAACCUCGGAUACCCGCAAAACAAAAGAUUCGGAGAAGAAGGCAGGUAGAGACCAGAGGAAGAGCGCAAAUACUGGAGCCUUUGAGAACAGGCAAGGCCCUGGAUCAUAUAAAUCAUUGGUCGAACCCAGUGUGUUCAACAUGAGUCUCCUUCUGCCUCCGACAUUGGUCUUUCUGCAGAGGCUCAAGGUCAUUGUGCCGCCAGGCUCAGAUCUGGCUGCAAGUACUUUGACAUCUUUCCUCGAUAACUUCCUGGUCAAUGUCUUCCAGCCGCAACUUGAUGAAACCCUGGCAAAGCUCAGCGACAACAUCUUCGCGGAGAUAGACACAUUCCAAGAAGACCCAGACUGGAGUACAAUAUCUCGAAGACCUAUCUUUAGGGGGACGACACAAUUUUUCACGGUGGUCACCGCGUUCUGUCAAAUGCUUGACACCAUCCCUCACGACCAAGCACUCAGCUCCUUGAUCAUUUCGCAAAUGAACAGAUACUAUGAGCGUUGCUUUGCCUGGUUCAAAUCACUGGUUGCCAAGGCUCACGAAGUGCCCUCGGCUGCACAGGAAUUACGCUUUUCUGCCCAGCUUGCUACCACAGAAGGCGAGCUCCAGGAAACGGCCAAGAAACUCUGGGCACUCGAAUCACCAGACCGUGAACUUAUCGAGACCGAAGUCAGCCUGCUGAUCUCGCAGACAAGCGAGCGCACUUUGGGUCCAAGCGACAUUGUUCAGGACCGAGACGUUAUAUCAUCGCUAUGUCUGCUGUAUACGAGCAUGAAGUGGCUAAAUGUCAAGAUUGGCGGCUUGAGAUAUAUUACACAUCAAGACACAGACUCUUCACGACCUGUUCUACCCAGAAACCAAAACCGACGCUGGACCUUGCUCAAUGAUCCGAAGAAGGCUGUCGGCGAUCGAAAUGGUCCUGUGUACCUGCCAAUGACGCAGGAAACAGUCCAAUCAUUUGACAGUAUAGUCACUUCUUAUGACGACCUAGCCAGCACGGUUCUUUUGACAUUGCACAUGGAGGUACGCUGUCGCACAGUGUACUCACUUGCAGCGACUCUCUCGCCCAUCACGGCACCAUACGUGCUGCCUCUUGACCAAGAAAUCAAGGAACCGGACCAGACAAUAUUGUCGUUGAAUUCGGAGCUCGUAGCCUAUGACGAGACAACAGUGCGGUUUUUGCGGGAGCGUGAGAUUGGCUUCAUUCGUACCGGCGUUGGAUUGCUCAUCAAUAGCUACCUAGUCGGCAAAGCCCUACAGACUCAGCCCAUGAACGCCAGUGGCUGUAGCCGCAUGAAGCUCAAUAUCCUCGUCCUGCAGCAGAAUCUUAAGAACAUCGAGGGCGGUAUUGAUCUAGCUCGUGCGGCCAACUACUACUCGCUCUUUGAAGCGGGACCAGACGGUAUCAUUGAGAAAGCCAAGGCGGACAAGGAAAGGGGCCCAGAUGCCAUUCCAGCCGAGGAGAAAUUCAGCUAUGACGAGCUCAAGGCCAUGGUGGAGCUUUGCUACAGUGAGCAGCUGGCGAACCCAGAGCGCGGUAUUGCAGCAGCGGCGAAGAGGCAAAUGGGCGAGAAAAACCUGGCGCUGAGUGAAUACGCGUGGCAGAACUAG